AUGAAGGAUAUAGAUGUCAGUGCCUGGGUGGGUAUACCACCGGAGAAAACACCGAGCUCCGCAGAGCCUAGCGAAGAUGCUCUGGAUGAUCAACCACCAGUUGCGCUGUCACUCUCGAAUGAAUCUAGCGAAGCGGGGGUUAUUUUCCACGAUGAUGGGAAAGCUAAUCACCAAAACCACGGCAAACAUGUUCCUACGGAGGACUCGUCCUCGGAUCAAGAGGGCGAGAACGGUGACAAUCUUCUAGUCGGCCUGUUCCAAAAACACUUCUACAUCGAUGUGCCCAAAUUGACAGACGAGGAGAAGGAGGCGUACGAGUAUCUGCCGGGGCACUUUUCUGUGGAAAAGGUUCUGUCUGAGCGCAAAGACAGGAAGUAUAUUGUCAGGCUUGAGAGUGGCGAGCAAGAUAUUGUAUCUGCUCGUGAACUCCGCGACCUCGACAAUGGCUACGAUGCAUUGCUGGAGUUCGAGGCUAGUGUCAAGUCGAGCAGAAGCAGACGGACUUCGCGGAAACUUUCAAGCAUGAUAGACUGGACUACGAUAGCUCUAUCGGAGUCUGAGAAAGAAUCAAGAUCCAAGCGACGUCGUAAACAAGCCCACGACAGUGAGGCCUCGGAGAGAGACGAGAGAGGUGAUCUAUCAGAGGCGCAUAAUGAGAGUGUCUCAGAUGAGGAUCCGGGGGAGGGGAGACGCUCUGCAAGACUCAGCAAACUUCAAAUGUCCGCACGUCUUAAACAAGAAGUCCGCGACCUUGAAGAUGAGUCUGAUAGCCGCACCACAAGGAGACGCGGGAAACCACGUGCUUCUACACAGCGGUCUACGACGUUCUCUACACGAGGGCGUCCGCUGCGCUCCUCUAGGGUGAGACAUGACUCGUCUUCCGACGCCGAACGGCUUGCGAUAACACGGCGAUCUGAGCGAACAAAAACAAGACGGAAGCACAGCAUGCGAGAGCUGCAAGAAGACGAGAUCUCCAGCUAUGAGGAAGAGAAGGCAGGGCCGAAGGUCGUCGGCACGAAGGAGCACUUCACCCGAAUUCCCGAAAACGAUCCCUUUAGAAAAAGACAUCGGCAACAAUGUGACACUUGUUACUACAAGGGAGAUGACGAUGUCAAAGGACCAUUGGUCUUCUGCCAGGGCUGCACAAACUCCCACCACAAGGUCUGUCUUGGGUUCCGAGGCACCAGAGAUCACCUAGUCACCAAAAUCGGCGAAGACCUAUUCGUUCUGCAGUGUAGGCGUUGCGUUGGGCUUGCCCAUGAAAAAGAUGAAUUGGCACCGCAUCAGGGACGUUGUUCGGGCUGCCGCGAACUAGGGGAAUUGUCGAAACCGUUUCGUGGUCGUUUGACAACUCGUCAAGAACAACUCCAGAGAGAGGAGAAUGGGGGAAAGGACCCUAUUACCAUUGUCGAAGCCAGACUGAUCAACAAUGUUGGCAAUGUGAUGUUCAGAUGUUCACAAUGCGCGCGUGCAUGGCAUAUGCAUCAUCUUCCUGAGCGCAAGACAGCCCAUUCCCUCGACGACGAGGAGGAUGAGAGCAUGGUCGACGAAACGCAAUUGGCGCAGAAACGCUUUGAGCACUAUCAUCGAUCAUGGAUCUGCAAAGACUGCGUUGAAAAUCAACAUCAGAUUGACGGUCUCGUGGCAUGGCGGCCUGCCGAUCUUGACACCUACACCCCAGGCACUGCUGUGACCGAGAUCCCGGAGGACGAAAAGGAGUACCUGAUCAAGUGGCGAACACAAUCCUAUUUUCGGUCCACGUGGAUGCCAGGAGCCUGGGUAUGGGGCGUCGCCAUGGGGACCAUGCGUAUAUCUUUCUCCAAGAAGCCGGAGAAUCGGCUGCCAAAAAUGACCACAGCAGAUGCGAUUCCGGAAGAAGUUUUCCGUGUCGACAUUGUUUUCGACGUGCGCUACUCGAGUGUUGUACGCAACAGCACUAAGGAGAUAGAACUCGCCCGUGUCAAAGAGGUUGACUCCGCGCUCGUCAAAUACAAAGGUCUUGGUUACGAUGACGCUAUCUGGGAAAAGCCUCCCGCCCACACCGACACGGAACGAUGGAAUGAUUUCAAAGCGGCAUAUGAGGACUACGUCAUGAAAUUGCAUAUGUCGAUCCCUCCUCAGACAACAUUGAAACGUCAUCUCACGCAAGUCCGAACGUUGGACUUUGAGACUGAUCUUAUCAAAAAGAAGCAGCCAACUAUCGUGACUGGCGGAGAAUUGAUGCGAUACCAGUUGGAGGGUCUGAAUUGGCUCCUCUAUCAAUGGUUCACAAAUCAAAAUGCUAUUCUCGCCGAUGAAAUGGGGCUGGGCAAGACCAUUCAGCUAGUGGGUUUCUUUGCUACGUUGGUCCAGGAUCACAAAUGCUGGCCUUUCCUUGUUGUGGUACCCAACUCCACAUGCCCCAACUGGCGACGCGAGAUAAAGAAGUGGGCCCCUUCUCUUAGAGUUGUCAUGUAUUAUGGGUCUUCUGUGGCCAGGAAGCUCACGCACGACUACGAAUUAUUUCCCAAAGACAAGGAAGACGACUCCCAUGGCCUGCCUAAGAAGAAAUCAAACGAGAUCAAGGACAUCAAAGCUCAUGUCGUGGUUGCGUCCUACGAGUCGAUCGUUGAAGAGAAGACUCGGAAAAGUCUAAUGAAGGUCCCCUGGCAAGCCCUCGUUGUCGACGAAGGACAACGCUUGAAGAGCGACCGGACACAGAUAUACGAGAUAUUGUCUAAAUUUCGCUUCCCGUUCAAAGUGUUAUUGACAGGUACACCACUUCAGAACAAUGCCCGAGAACUGUUCAAUCUUCUCCAGUUCCUCGACAAGAGCGUUAAUGCUGCCGAUCUUGAAGCAAAAUAUGCCAACCUUACACAGGAGAACGUUCCCGAGCUGCACGCGAUGCUCCGGAAGUUCUUCCUUCGACGCACCAAGGCGCAAGUUUUGACAUUCCUCCCUCCUAUGGCCCAGAUCAUCUUACCGGUCAGCAUGUCAACCGUCCAGAAAAAAGUCUAUAAGUCGAUUUUGGCCAAAAACCCACAGCUGAUGAAGUCGAUUUUUGUUCGUGACAGCAAUAUCCAACAGAAGGAAAGGCAUAACCUGAACAACAUUUUGAUGCAGCUGCGCAAGUGCCUGUGCCACCCUUUUGUCUACAGUCGCGAGAUUGAGGAACGGGGGGUUGAUGGUGCGAUGUCGUAUCGGAAUUUAGUGGAAGCAUCAUCAAAGUUGCAGCUGCUCACCAUCAUGCUCCCUAAGCUUCAAGAACACGGCCAUCGGGUUCUCAUGUUCUCCCAGUUUCUGGACAAUCUAGAUGUCCUGGAGGACUUCCUUGACGGACUCGGGAUCCAACAUCUUCGGCUUGACGGGAAUAUCUCUGCUGCUGAGAAACAAAAGCGAAUUGACGAAUUCAAUGCGCCAGGCUCGCCUUACUUCGCUUUUCUACUAUCAACGCGAGCGGGUGGAGUGGGGAUCAACCUCGCCACUGCCGACACUGUCAUCAUUCUUGAUCCAGAUUUCAAUCCACACCAGGAUAUCCAAGCACUUUCCCGAGCUCACCGCAUUGGUCAAAAGGCGAAAGUGCUUGUGUUCCAACUCAUGACGAGAGACAGCGUUGAAGAGAAGAUUAUACAGAUUGGUCGAAAGAAGAUGGCAUUAGAUCAUGUGCUCAUUGAGCGAAUGGACAAGGAAGACGAUGCGGGCGAGGAUCUCGAGUCGAUUUUGCGGCACGGUGCUGAAGCUUUGUUCCAAGAUGAAUCUGGUGAUGAUGAUAUUGUCUACGACUCGGCGUCAAUUGAUCGUCUACUAGAUCGGACACAAGUCGAAGACACCAAGAUAGACGAACAGAAGUCGGCCGAGUCGCAAUUUAGCUUCGCCCGAAUCUGGGCCAAUGAUAAGUCUACAUUGGAGGAGGAUUUGCCUGGCCGCACAGGCAACAGUACCCCUAACCCCGGGAUUUGGGACAAGAUACUGCAAGAACGGGAACGACAAUUCGCAGAAGAGGAAGCGAGAAAAGCUCAGGCCUUUGGUCGAGGCAAAAGAAAACGCCAGAACGUCGACUACGGUGUCGACAACGGCGAGAAGGGAGAGCCUGACAAGGAUAAAGGCAAACGCAGCAUCAUGGCGGUGGACUCUGACUACAAAACCCCGGAGGACAAAUCUGAGGAUGAAGAGGUCACGGAGGCAGACUCGCAGCCCAAAUCGCGACCGAAAGUCCAAGCGAGGCCCUUCCGACGAGUCCGAGUUCCCCUUGGACCAGCACCGCAUUUCAAUGGAGAUACAAGUUUUGAUUAUGGACCCCUUCAGCGGAUGCCGCCUGUGCACCAUUGCUCUGGGUUGAGCACUGCGGCUUGUGUGGGAUUGCGCAUCUGGGGCAUUCUCGAACGUACGCUCAAGGAAAGCACCGAAAGUCGAGAGCUGAUCGACCAAGCCACGAAAUACCUGCGCUCAGUCAGGGGAGAUCUCGUGCAGCGCAAAUGGGCUCAGGAACGCAAAGAAUACUACCAGAGUCCGCGCAAAGACGAGAUUCCGCUCCCUCGAACUCAGCAACCACCACCACAACGACAAGAAACUGGAUUGUAA